GCUGUGGGUGGCGGUUUUAGAGUGCGCGAGGUGCAGAACGCUAGUUUCUCUCUUUCUGCCGUCUUUGGGAAAAGGGGGACCACGUUUCCUGCCCGUCCGUUUUCCUUCGCCUUCUCCCUGUCUCUCUGUGCCGGAACUGGAGGGGCGAGGAGAAGGUAGAAUGGGCGAACCCUUAAGGUUUUCACUGUAACUCUGGAAAUGGAUCCCACGUUCUCGCGGGGAGACAAAGAUGAGGUCCAUCUGGAGGAGGCGGGGCGUGCACGGGUGAGGAUGCGUGAGCGGCUCAUGUGGCACUACCCUCUGCAGUUCUCCUGGCUGAUGGAGGCCGAGCCCUUCACCUCCACUCUGCAGGCAGGCGGCCCCGCGGCCGGCGCGGGCAUGACGCUGGAGCAGAAGACCACUUUUGCCUUCGUCAUCUUCCUCUUCGUCUUUCUCUGCAUGCUGAUUGUGCGCUGCUUCCGCAUUCUGCUGGAUCCCUACCGCAGCAUGCCUACAUCCACAUGGGCUGACGGCCUGGAUGGUCUGGAGAAGGGCCAGUUCGACUACACGCUCGCGUAGAGGGCGAACGCACACGUGCACCUGCACAUAGCACACGGAGACGCACGCAACACACACACAGAAUCCAGAAGCCCUGUUAAGAAGUAAAUAAUGACUAAAGAGUCAUACACUGACAUGUAUAUACUACACUUGUAACUAUACAAAAAUACACAUGUGCACAUAAAUUCUCUUUGGUCAGACUAAAAAACGACAUAUUAUAAAGUCAAAUUUGGUGCAUGGUUAGUGAAACAGCAAGCUUGAACAAAAAAUAACUCAAUCCUGUACUUGUAGUAAAAAAUGUUGAUCCACACAUAUUUUCACUUUACAGUGGAGCACUCUGGGUCAUGAGUGACCCUGUUCUGCACUGGCUCAUUGCUCUGUGCCAUGGGGUGCUUGGCCCUCUCGUACAGGGUAACCCUCACAGUCUCCGUAGCCUCACCUCUGAAAAUGUCUUUGUCUUUUCAUUGACACUGUUGUAUACUGCCAAGUAAACGUCUCUAGAGGAUAACUCCUUUUGACGACCCUUUAUAAGCACUUCAUAAAUACUUUGUAUGUUAAUGCUUUUGUCAAAAGUGAUGAGCCUUAAGGUAUGCACUGUUACUAAUAAUGCAUCUUAGAUACGUUAGAAUGCUUAGGAAUUACGAAUGUAUUUAUGUAGUGCUUAUGCGUGAAGGACCCUUCACUCGAUGCCAAAUUUGAAACAUUAGGCAAGUUGUUGAUAACUUGUACGUAACUGUCCGUGACAUUAGACAUCGGAAUGUAAACAACGUAGAAGCUAUAGCUGGCACUUUUGGCCUGGUUCCCUAGCCACGUGCGAAAUUCCGAUACUCGAAUACUUGAUGCUGGUGUCAAAUAGGCCUACAAAUCAGUCGUUUUAAACGCUAUCACAGAAUGAGACACAGUCAGCACACGCUGCCAUUUUAGCACAAAUGAACUGAAUUUCAUGUUUAUACAGCAUCUGCUCUGGUCUUCUUUAUAUGGUCAGAGAAUAUCCAUGAUUUGCUUUGCCAACCUUUUACAUUUUAGGCGCUAGCCACGGGAUCCAUAACCUCAACAGUUAAGCACAGCUAAUAUGCCUUGCUAAAAUGCUAAGAGCAAACGAGGAGGAAAUGAAAUCGUGUGUAUUGCUCUGAAAUAGUUCUCCCCCUUUUAGUGCCCCGCCCGCACAGUCGCUGUUGGUUUUACUGUUUAUGUCAGCCAGGCGACGACGCACCCGACAAACGUUUCUUUGCACUUCUGUGUUCUCCUCUCAUCACUGUGAAUGAGCGUAACGAUACAAGAGUCCUUAGGAAAUGUGAGGUUGUGUGAUGUUUUUGAACUGCCAGUGUAAUCGAAGACGACUGCCACUAUUUUUGCAUGCACAACGCGCAUCUAAUGCGUGAGGGAGACUUGCGGCAAAAGGAACACGAGCGGACAGAUGUAUUCAGUGCUGCUACAUGUCGCUACAUGUCGUAUUUGAUGCUGGUGAUGUUCUCGUAAAGCUUUGUUCACCGCGAGGACCUGCUUUGCUUCUCUGUGAAUAGGCUUGUGUCUGAUACAAAGCACUUAACUGAACUUCCUUGAGCACUUGUAUGCAUCAUGUCUUCAGAAAAAAAAAAAAAAGACACGAUGAACCAUGUCUGAUUUGGAAAUUUCUAAGUCUGUGACAAUAUUUAGACCUACAUACUGUUACAACAAAUACAUUGUGUGAGGACAGUAGAAGAGAGGAAUAUUUAUAUAAAAUAUAUGAUAGAUUUUCAAUAGAGCACCUAGUAUAUGAAACUGAAUAGUACUAAUUCAGGCACAUGGUAACUGAAUCUGUUCUACAGCCACAUCUGUAUUUGUCUUAUAGAAAGAUGAAAAAUAAACUCUUCCAAAUCACUAA